AUAGCACCGCCCUCAGGAGAGCUGCUGCUUACAUAUGUGAGAAUAUCUCUCCUUGUUUUCUGUGUAUUUUAAGAGCAUAAAAACGCACAAAUUAAAACGAAUAAAAACACAAGGCUGUAAAAAGAAUCCCACUUCAUGUAGGCCUCAUAAUAAAAUGAUUAUUAUUAUUAUAAAAAUUUUCCCAUCUCCUUUUUAUACUUUAUAUAUUUUUUUUAAAUAAUCAAAAGAUAAAGGUGGAUACUUGUAUUAUUUUAUAUCUCAUUUUGACUCUGCUUCACGCGUUCUGCAGCAGUCCAGAUCACAGAUGCUGCAUGCGGAGCUGCUGUCGCUGACCUCGGUGCUGAAACACGACGUCAGAUGAACCUGCGCUCACCACAGGAGACACGAGCCAGCCUCACUCCCUCUUUGAUUCACUGAAACCACUUCAAACACCCACUGCUGCCUUUUAAACUUUUUCUUUUCAUUUUGCAUUCAUCCUCUCUCUCCUUUUCUCUGCUGUGGUGAACACGCGGGUCCAUUACGACGCUGGCAAUUAAUUCCUCUUUCCUUCUUGUUUUCGUCGUGAUGGCAGAGCGCGCGGCUCCUGUGCGCCAGGCAGGAGAGGAGUCGGUGGUGGAUGAAGGCGCACUGCUCGUUUAGGUCUUUACGCGAAGGUGUUUUUCGCUCUCGGUCUUUGAUUGUUAAAAUCAGACUCCUGCUUUUGGGAUCCUCGCCUCAUCUGGACUCAGAUAAGUCAGAACUUGGUUUGUUGUUUUCCUUGUAGCCGCUGCGGUCGGCCAUCCUGAGCCGUAACAUGACGAAUAAGCAGUAAAAUAAGACAGAAACAGGCCUACACAUAGAAACUGGACAUGGAGUCCGUGAAGAUGAGUGCCACGGCGGGGGUGAAGGAAUUUGCGGGAAAGGCCCUGGGUCAUAUGCACAGGGUGAUGGAGAGGAAGCAGAAGACCGGGGAGGUGAUCGAGCUGACGGAGGACGGGAGGCCCCGGGAGGCCGCGGAGAAGAAACCCCCGCUGUGUGACUGUAACUGCUGCGGUCUGCCGCGCCGCUACAUCAUCGCCAUCCUGAGCGGCCUGGGCUUCUGCAUCUCCUUCGGGAUCCGGUGUAACCUGGGCGUGGCCAUCGUGGGCAUGGUCAACAACAGCACCAUCCACCAGAACGGCAAGAUCAUCAUCUUAGAGAAAGCCAAGUUCAACUGGGAUCCAGAGACGGUGGGGCUGAUUCACGGCUCUUUUUUCUGGGGCUACAUCGUGACACAGAUCCCAGGGGGAUACAUCUCCUCCAGGCUGGCAGCAAACAGGGUAUUUGGAGCAGCCAUCAUCCUGACCUCCACACUCAACAUGUUCAUUCCCUCAGCUGCUCGAGUUCAUUAUGGGUGUGUCAUCUUUGUGAGGAUAUUACAAGGACUGGUUGAGGGUGUGACCUAUCCUGCCUGCCAUGGCAUCUGGAGUAAGUGGGCCCCCCCUCUUGAGAGGAGUAGACUCGCCACCAUCUCAUUCUGUGGCUCGUAUGCUGGUGCUGUGAUAGCGAUGCCUCUGGCUGGGAUCCUGGUUCAGUACUCAGGCUGGUCCUCUGUGUUCUAUGUCUAUGGAUGCUUUGGCAUCUUCUGGUACUUGUUCUGGGUCUUGGUGUCCUAUGAGAGUCCUGCUGAACAUCCUACCAUCACUGAUGAGGAGCGCUGCUAUAUUGAGGAGAGCAUCGGAGAGAGUGCCAUGCUAAUGGGUCCUGCAGAGAAAUUCAAGACACCCUGGAAGAAGUUCUUCACCUCUAUGCCCGUCUAUGCAAUCAUCGUGGCCAACUUCUGCAGGAGCUGGACAUUUUACUUGCUGCUGAUCAGCCAGCCUGCUUACUUUGAGGAAGUUUUUGGCUUUGAGAUUAGCAAGGUCGGCAUGCUGUCUGCUCUGCCUCAUUUGGUGAUGACCAUCAUCGUGCCCAUCGGUGGCCAGCUGGCCGACCACCUGCGCAGCAAGAACAUCCUGUCGACUACCAACGUCAGGAAAAUCAUGAACUGUGGAGGGUUUGGCAUGGAGGCCACAUUGCUGCUGGUGGUCGGAUAUUCUCACAGCAAAGGGGUGGCCAUCUCCUUCCUGGUGCUGGCUGUGGGCUUCAGUGGAUUUGCCAUAUCAGGCUUUAAUGUCAAUCACCUGGACAUCGCUCCACGCUACGCCAGCAUCCUGAUGGGCAUCUCUAAUGGUGUGGGUACCCUGUCUGGGAUGGUGUGCCCACUGAUUGUUGGUACAAUGACAAAGAAUAAGACUCGAGAGGAGUGGCAGUAUGUGUUCCUGAUCGCCUCCAUGGUGCAUUAUGGGGGAGUGAUUUUCUACGGUAUAUUCGCCUCAGGAGAAAAACAGCCAUGGGCUGACCCAGAACUCACCAGUGAUGAAAAGUGCGGCUUCAUAGACGAGGACGAGCUGGCAGAAGAGACGGGCGACAUCACCCAAAGUUACGGUGCCUUCGCAGCUCCGGCCAAGACGUACGGCGCAACCACGCAGAUGAACGGAGGCUGGGCUUCAGGCUGGGAGAAGACAGAGGAGUACGUCCAGGAGGAAGCACAGGGAGCCAGCUACGGAUACAGGCAGGAUGAGGGAUACUCCUAGACCAAACACACAUUCAUAGACACAUGAGUAGACUUACUUUCCUGAGUGUGCAUCUGUUUAGUCAUAAAAGAUAUCAAUAAUACGAGUUAAACUACAACCCAUCGUUGUAUCGUUUGCACAAUUCUAAAAAUAACUCUUCAAAAGCAUCAAUUUAUUGUAAAAAUCCUAAAUGUAUGAAACAUGAAAAGAUAUCUGAUAAAUAGAGGUGUAACACAUAUCGAAUUGGCAGUCUGUAAAUGUAUUAUUAUGCAUAUUGAUAAUAGAUAUACUAAAUGGGAGUGCAAUUGUGUGUAAACAUCUGAACAUUUCCAUCCCAUCAGCUGAGGCUUCCUGACCCGACUGAAGCCUUUAGGGUUAUUUAGAACCGACCCCUUAUUUUAGAGAGUAAACUUACAGUGCAGCGUCCUACCAGCCAGCCAUCAGUGUAUAAACAUGUUACUGCACAGCGUUGUGAAGAGAAAGUAGACACUCUGUGGUUAUAGAUUGUACUGUACCUCUCCUGAAUGCACUCGGAGAAGCGUGUCCUUUUAAUGCACAAUGAUGAUUUUUUGUUUUUGUAUCACCGGCUUGUGUGUGUGUAAGUGUGUGUGUGUGUGUUAAUGUAAGUGACCUGCUGUAUAGAUGUGAUGAGUGGCGUAAUGAAUCCAGAUAACACGUGCAUAAAAGGUAAAAAAAUGUCCGUCAAAUGUUCGCUACAUGUGACACAGUUUGUUCGAUUUGAGCUCACAUCCCAGCAGUGUCGUGCAAGUGUGAAGCUGUGCUUAUGAUUACAGUCCUCAUCACCUUUAAGCCACUCAAAGUCCGGCUGUGUCAUCGCAUUGUUUAUAAAAACAUAUAUAAGAGCGAGAUAGAAAAAAUAUUAUAAGAGUUUAUAGAUUAAAUUUAGAUGAUUGAGAUUUUCAUGGUUGCAAACAACUUUAUGAAAGGGUUUGUGCAAUGCAGAAACUUUGAGAUAUACAAACCAAAAUCAGUAUGAAAGUAUAUUUAAGAGAAGCACACAUAUUAAUGUUUACUAGAGAGAUAAAGUCCGCUAGAAAUUACCAUGGCUCUGAAGCACACGUCAUUUUUCCCCGAAACAUCAAUAUUUGGGGAAAGAGGUACAAUCAAAGUUUAAAAAGCUGAGUCAUUUAUAGAUUUAGUCGUUCUUCAUCAGGACUGUAAGGGCGUGUUUUCAACAGGCUGAAAACACCUGACAGCAGAUUUCUGUUUCAGUUCAUCCUGAAAGAGUUCAGAAGUGAAAGGACGAAAAAAGAAAAAACUGCUUCGUAGAAAUAAGACCAUCUCUGCAGUAUCACAUUUUUUAAAGUGAGAAGCACAUUAAAAAACAAAGUUUUUAAGGCCUUUACAUGAAUGGAAGGUUUAAAAAGUCAAAUAACUAUACUGAGAUUGAAGAGGAUACUAUGUGAAUGUCAUAUAUCUACACUUUGCAUAACAUUCAGUGUAACAAAAGAUUUCUAUUCCUAGUUGUAGAAGUGACGCUGCAAAAGAGAAGCAAUCACAAAUGCAAUUCGAAAAAAACUUCUGUUCCUCUAUUCCCUUUGCAGAAUGGAAGAGAGGUGAGACAUUGAAUAUAUUAAUGUAUAAGUAAACAACCUGCCUUUACUUUCUGAAGCCUGCUUUAGUGUCUUAUGAUCCUAAAUUUAAAGACGAGUGAACACAAAACGAGGCUGCAGAGUCGACAACGUCCUCAUUCUGCACUUACACUGACGAGGUCUGAAGGGGGCCACGUUUGUAUGGUUUGUCACUUGUCUGCACUUCACGAUAUAGACGUGUGUGGAUGUGUAUUUAUGCAUGGAACAAAGUGAAAUUUGUUGUAAGUCGUUUUUUUUUUUUCUUGAUUUACAUUUCCUUUUCUUUCAAACUUAUUCGUCUUUGUCUCAGAAACUGUUACUGAUGCUUCAAUUUCUUUGCACAAUCAACCAAAGGUGAAGAGCAGAGUGAGGUUUCAGCAAGAAGUCAAACAUAUUAAAGGCAGUGCAGACCAUCAGCAGCAAGGGUCCAGCAUGUGGACCCCCUUAGUGUGCAGGUGGCACCAAACAUUACUCAAUGUACAAAGCAAUAAGUCCAUAGUAACAGUUCUGGUCAUGAACAGUCAUUAUGUAACUGUUUUUUACACAUUUGUUUUAAGAGUCGUGUUUUUUGUGAUAACUAAUGUAGAAAAUAAAUACUUGUAAAGAAAAAAUAUAGAAAUAUAUGUACAAAGAUAUAGUAAUAGAGUCCAACACAAACAUCUUCAAAGAGUUUGUGACAGGGCUGCUCACCAGAUGAGAAUGAUAAAGAGCUCCGCCUGAGAGGCGGACGCUCGUCUUCUUCGUGUUUUCUGUUCUGUGUGGUCCACAUGGACUGUGUGCUGUUGUUUCCUCUCCCGCUCUCUCUUCCUCCUUGUGUCUAUCUUUCCGUGUCUCUCCCUCCUCCUGUUUUUGGUUCAAUGAAUGUAUUUCAUUCUGUGGCUGGACCCCCUUUUGCCCUGCUUAACCACAUGUACCUCACCCCUCGCUUGUAUAACCCACUGUCACAAUAUUCGAUGAAAGCUGAACAGGUGAAUCUGCAUUUUCAGAAAUGACAAAUGUGCAGCCUGGAGUACUUAAAAAAAGUUUCCUGUUUUUGUGCCUCUAAAGUUACAGUGUGGUUCAAUGGCUUCUGUUGCUGUGUAAAUUGAGAGGUUUGUUGAUGUCAAGGUGAAAUACUCAAUAUCCUGUUUUGAUAUAUAAAAAAGUAAACAAA